UCUAUGUCUUUUGUUUGCAGGGAUUCAGGCAUAAACAAGCAUUUGUCAUUCGAUUCUUCUAGUGCAUUUCUAGCAUAGUGUGCCUUAGGCAUGACACAUCAGGGUCUGAUGUUUAUCUUUUAUUACCUGCCAGACCUCUCUGGAAAAGCCUCCAUGGAAUUCAUCAUCUGCAGUCUUUGUUGUAGGUACAUAUAUAAAUACAUGUUGAACGCAUUCGUUGAGGAUAUUGUGGUUUCUAAAGCUGAACUUAAAUAAAAAGUAUUGAGAUGAAUAAUGAAGAGGACUUUCUGCAGAAGGACUCAACAAGAGAUGAAGGCAGUGAGACUGAAGACAACAGCAUGAAUAAAUUAAGGAAGAAAGUCACUAAACCACGUGUUUGUUCCACUGAAGUCGGAGAAAUGGAUAUGUCCAAUUCAAAUGAUUGCAUGAGGGACAGCAGUCAAAUUCUGGCCCCACCUCAACUCUCUUCUAGAAUGAAACACAUUAGACAAGCCAUGGCCAAAAAUCGCCUCCAGUUUGUACGAUUUGAAGCAACAGACCUCCAUGGCGUGUCCAGGUCUAAGACUAUCCCUGCACACUUUUUUCAAGAGAAAGUGAGCCAUGGAGUUUGCAUGCCCCGAGGUUAUCUUGAAGUGAUACCGAAUCCUAAGGACAGUGAAAUGAAUCGCAUAAGAGCCACAUGUUUUAAUAGUGACAUAGUCCUAAUGCCAGAGAUAUCAACCUUUAGAGUUUUGCCAUGGGCUGAUAGAACUGCAAGAGUGAUAUGUGAUACUUUCACUGUGACUGGUGAGCCUCUUUUGACUUCCCCAAGGUACAUUGCAAAGAGGCAGCUGAGCCAGCUGCAGGCCUCUGGCUUUUCCCUGCUUUCUGCUUUCAUCUGUGAUUUCUGCAUUUUUGGUGUGCCCGAAUUUUUAAAUUCAAAGACUAUAUCAUUUCCUGCUUCAACAUUUUUAAAUAACCAUGAUCAGCCCUUCAUGCAGGAACUUGUUGAUGGCUUGUAUCACACUGGAGCAAAUGUCGAGAGUUUUUCCUCCUCUACCAGGCCUGGUCAGAUGGAAAUCUGUUUCCUGCCUGAAUUUGGCAUUAGCUCAGCUGAUAAUGCAUUUACCCUCAGAACAGGUGUCAAAGAAGUGGCAAGGAAAUACAAUUACAUUUCCAGCUUCUUCAUUGAGACUGGAUUUUGUAAUUCAGGGAUUUUGUCUCAUAGUCUCUGGGAUGUCGAUAGGAAGAAGAACAUGUUUUGCAGCACUUCUGGAACUGAGCAGCUGACGAUCACUGGGAAAAAAUGGUUGGCAGGACUCUUGAAGCACUCUGCCGCACUCAGCUGCCUGAUGGCGCCUACUGUUAGCUGCCGAAAGCGUUAUUCCAAGGACCGUAAAGACCUGAAGGACAGUGUGCCUACAACGUGGGGAUACAAUGACAACAGCUGUAUAUUUAAUAUCAAGUGUCAUGGAGAGAAAGGCGCCCGGAUAGAAAAUAAGCUAGGCUCAGCAACAGCAAACCCUUACUUGGUGCUGGCUGCAACUGUUGCUGCAGGCUUAGAUGGACUUCAUAGCAGUAAUGAGGUCUUGGCUGGUCCAGAUGAGAGCACAGACUUUUACCAAGCGGAAACUUCUGAGAUCCCUUUAAAACUGGAAGAUGCCCUUAUGGCACUGGAAGAAGAUCAAUGUCUGAGGCAGGCUCUAGGAGAAACCUUUAUUCGAUAUUUUGUUGCCAUGAAGAAAUAUGAGUUGGAGAAUGAAGAAAUAGCUGCAGAGAGAAAUAAAUUCUUAGAGUAUUUUAUUUAGAGUAGAACUCAUAACUACUCCUUUAAAGAUGUAAUUGUUACUUAAAGCUAAUCUACCAAAACAAAGACUGAACUUUUGUAAUUAACAACAGUAACAAUAACAAGACUAGGAAUGCUUUUGACUUUUUUUUUUUCCUCCAUGGAAUAUUUGACAGAUGAAGUAGGACUGCUGAGAAGAUUCUGAUAACAGAAACAAACAACAAAGUCGUGUUGAAGCUACAAUAUGCAAACUUACCAGAUCUUGUCAGUUAGUUAUUUCCUAUGUGUAUGUUGACCUGGAUAGGAAUAUCCAAUUUUGGGGGGCAAUAAAUAUAUUUGCACAUUAAAAAAAAAGACUUAAGCAUUAGAAAGCAAAUUUAAAUGACUAAAAAAGAAAAAAAAUAAAAGGAGGAAAAAUUUUAAUGGUACACAUAGGUUAUGACUUCCAGGGAGACAAAUAUACUAAUAUAGUCUUGCUAAUCAAAUAAUAUUGUGAAUCUAGGUUGUGUGCAUCAUUAUGGUCUUUCUAAACAAGUUAAAUAAACUUUUGCCAAAAUAAUGACAGGUAGGCAGUUUUCCCCUAAGUCACUUCUCUUUUCACGCUUUUCCACUAGCUCCUGAAAAGCUUAUGAAUUUCAAGGUUAUAAUGUCCUCAAGAAACAAAUCCCUAAGGAAUAGAAUUGGAGCUGGGAAAAACGAGGUCAGAUUUUAAAAGUAGUUAAAGCCUUUCUUUAAACAAUGCCUCGUAUAGAAGUUUGAUACAUAAAGUAUAGAUAGAAAGAAGUUUGUGUGUGAGGGUAGGCGGGCUCUGUCUACUCUGCUUCACUCUUUGAAACUAGAUGUCCCUCUGAAACCUCUCGUGCUCUGUGGAGUGUCAGAACAACUUCCCGGCUAGCCGGGGCUGUUUGGAGUUUAAGUUUGUUAUUCAAAUUACUAAAUCUGCUGCUCACAGAGCUUGGUACCUCCCCAGAGAAUAUUACAUGUUCCAGGCCUUUGUUUGAAUGAGAUAAUAUUGUAACUAUCACUAAAGUUUAGCUUCUUUUGGGAGGAAGUCCAAAAUCCACUUACUAGCAAAUGAAAAUGUUGUUCUACUGCUUAGGAUCAAACAGCAGAUUUUAUGUUCAAUUAAAACUGACUGUGGUUUCAAUUUAGAUAGCAAACACACAAGGAGAGGAUGAGAAUUUGGCUCAGAUCCUCUUAUUAAAAUUCUUAGUACUCAGUAGCUUAAAUAGUGAAAGUCAGUCUGUCCUUCACUAAUUACUCCCUUCUUUUCUCCACACACAAAAGAAGUGUGUUUGGAUACAUAAGAAGAAAGUUCCCAGCACUUUGGGAGGCCAAGGCGGGAGGAUUGCUUGAGGCGAGGAGUUUGAGUCCAGCCUGGACCACAUAGAGAACCCAUUUCUAAAAAAAAAAAAAAAAAAAACAACAACAAAACAAACCCUGGCAUGGUGGCAUGUGCCUGUAGUCCCAGCUAAUUGGGAGGCUGAGAAGGGAGGAUCGCUUGAGCCUCAGCAUUUGAGGCUGCAGUGAGCCAUGAUCACACCACUGCACUACAGCUUGGGGGACAGAGUGAGACACUGUCUUAAAAAAAAGAAAAGAAUAAAAUUCAUGGAUGCAUAUGGGGUAGAGAAAAAGAUAGUGUAGGGUAGGUGGGGGAAGGAAGGGAAUCUGUCCUGAAACCUCCAAAAUGAAAUCCCACACAUUACAUCAUGUGAGGGAUAAGGAAGACUCUCAUGCCAAUUUUCUAGUUGUCUGCCUAUAUUCAUUUCCCCCUCUGUUCUCAGUAAUAAAGCCUCAAUAUGUUCAUUGAAAGCAAUGAAAAAUGAAAUGAUAUUUCUGAGCCUUCAUUAAGGUUGGAUGUGGUCAUGUUAUUAGGUUCAGUGCAAAGAGGUGAAAGUAGAAGUGUUGUAUGUAAGUUCUUUAGGACAUUUUCUUUUCUUUUCUUGUAUUUUUUUUUUUUUUCGAGAUGGAGUCUCACUUUGUCACCCAGGCUGAAGUGCAAUGGCGGGUCUUGGCUCACUACAAUCUCUGCCCCCUGGGUUCAAGCAAUUCUUCUGCCUCAGCCUCCCAAGUGGCUGGGAUCACAGGUGCCUGCUACCAUGCCUGGCCUUUUAGUAGAGAUGGGGUUUCACCAUGUUGGCCAGUCUGGUCUUGCACUCCUGACCUCAGGUGAACAGCCCGCCUUGGCCUCCCAAAGUGCUAGGAUUACAAGCGUGAGCCAUCAUGCCCUACCACACUUUAGGACAUUUUUCUAAGUGACAGAUGCUGUGUACUCUGCCUUUUCUCUCUAGCUACCUUCACCCUUCCUGCUGACUGGCCUACAGAUAAUAUGGCUAGGAUAAUGUCCUUGGGAAGGAAGGUUUGCUCCACAGGGUGCAGUAAUAAGGUGGAACCUCUGCUUUGUAGAGCAGUUUGACUUGCCUACAUCCAGACAUUUACCUGAGAGAGAACCAAACUUCUAUCUUCUUUAGGCCACAAUGGUUUUGAUUCUUUGUUAGUUGCAAUGAAAUUUUUCUCUUUUGCAUGUGUGUUUUGAAUGUGUGUAUGUGUGUGUGCGCGCGUGCGUGCAUAUGAGUGGGGCAUUUGAGGGAUUUGGGGAUGAAAGAAAAAAGGUAUAAGAACCAGUGAAAGACCACUUCCUCAAUAUUCCCACUUCUAAAGAGGAUAAUCCCACUUCUAAAGAGGAUAAUCUGAGUUAAUCAAAGGGAUCCACACAUGCAAAAAAUGGGAUUGGCUCUAACCUAUCCCUAUAAACUGGCAUAUCCCUUUAUAGUCCAUAGGCCUUAAUGAAAUGUGUCUAAUGCAUUGACUUCAUUUUACCAUAAUAAGUAAAAGAUGCUGUAAAAAGUCUG